AUGGCUGUCGAGGAUAUACGCGGAGCUCUGAGAACGCCGUCGCAAAACACCUCUCGGUCAAACGUACCGGAAAUCCCACGGGAUGAAUCACCAUCUGCUCGAAUCGAGCGGCUUGGAUGUGAACGUCCAUCUGCGUUUCUCAAUCCAUGGACAGAGCUCUUCUGCCUUUUUGGCAUAGUGAUGUCCCAGUUCUUGACCGAGUUCUUCGUCUCAGGCUUCACGGUCAUCUUGCCACCCCUCGCCCAAGACCUGAAGAUUCCCCAGGCUUCGCAGGUAUGGCCCGCGACUGCCUUCUCGCUGGUGAUCUCGAGCACGUUGCUCAUCUUCGGCCGUCUGGGUGAUAUCUGGGGAGGAUACCCGCUCUUUUUCGCGGGCCUUGCAUGGCUUCUUAUAUGGAGCGUGGUCGCAGGUUUCAGUUCUGGCGCUGUCAUGUUAAACAUAUGUCGAGCACUUCAGGGCCUGGGAGCUGCUGCCUUUCUCCCGAAUGGGGUCAUGAUCAUAGGCUCCCUCUACCGGCCCGGGCCUCGCAAGAAUCUCGUCUUCGCCAUCUAUGGCACCGCGGGCGUUCUAGGCUUCUUUGGUGGUAUUGCCAUUGCCGGGGUCGUGGGUCAAUGUUUACGCUGGAGUUACUACUUCUGGAUCGGCGCUGCACUGGCAGCGAUCACGCUCGCCACAGCAAUCUGUGCGAUGCCGUACUCGACCCUGGCCAAUGACUCCCGCAGGCAAGUGAAAAUGGACUAUGUCGGUGGCGUUGGCAUCGUGUGCGGACUCGUUCUCACGAUUUUCGCGAUCACGCAAUCCGCACAUGCGCCCUCGGGAUGGAAAACGCCGUAUGUCCUGGCGACCUUCCUCCUGGGCAUACUGUUUCUGGCCGGGACGUGGUACGUCGAACAGCAUGUUGUCUCGGAUCCACUCUUGCCUGCGUCCCUCUUCGCCGUGAAAUCCAUGACCCCUUUACUCAUUGCCCUCCUCCUGCUCUACGGGACCUGGGGCAUUUUCUCCGUCAAUGGCUCACUGUACUUCCAAAAUGUCUUGUCAGCGUCGCCCCUUCAGGUCGUCGUGUGGUACAUCCCGAUUGGCGUCGUGGGGCUGGUCGUCAGCGUCAUUGAAGGGUACAUCUUACAUCUCGUCCCUGGUCAUGUUCUGAUGAUCAUCUCCGGGCUCGCCGCCGUGGGAUCGCAACUCCUUCUCGCUCUCAUCCCCGCGGGCGGAGGAAGCUACUGGGCAUGGAUCUUCCCCUCCGCCAUUCUCAGCACGAUUGGCAUCGACCUGUCGACGAUCCUGAUGACAGUGUUCAUUACCACCGCCGUCCCGUCUUCGCAGCAGGGACUGGCCGGGGGCGUGUUGAAUUCCGUGCUGCAGCUUGGAGUCGCCUUCGUCCUCGGUUUCACCGACAUCAUCCAGUCCGCCGUGGUCAAGGACGGGGGAUUAGAAGAAAGCUAUAAAGCCACUUUCUGGUUCGGGGUCGGGGUGGCGGGUGCCAGCUUAAUCAUUCUGAUGAUCUGGGGCAGGAUCCCCAAAGCGGUCAGUGAGCUGACUGCUGAUGAAAAACGGGAACAUGAUUCUCUUUGA